AUGCCAGAAGUUGCAACAAGAACUAAGAGAUCGUCAACAAUCUCCAAGAUCGGAAGAAUCUUUGGGGUUCAUGAAUCAAAGACUCAACAACCUUCAGAGUCGAGCACCCAUGUCUCUAUGGUAGAUACCUCGCCUUCGGAAACUACAGUUGGUACAUCUUUUACAAACUCAAGGACCCCAUCAUUAAAGAAUAAAUCAUUUAAGGAAGGGUCUACUUUAUCAUCUCUCAACACAUCUCGUUUGAAUUCGAUAAAUACUUCGUCGGCUAGUUUGAACAAAUUGCCAGAACCACCGUCUUAUCUCGUAAAUGAGGCAGAUAACAGAGCUCUCAUGAAAAAAUUGAAUAAUUUGAAAAUAUCGAAUGACGAAAAACUACGAUCAAGUAGCAAUCCAAAAAGAAAUUUCAGUAAUAGCGCUGUGGCCAUUACCAUAGAUGAAGAGCUACCUGAUGCAGCUCCAAUAACAUUUAGUUCUUUGACGUCGACUGUCAGCAAUCCAAACAUCUCCCAUAGCAAUUUGGUCAUCAAAAAUACUCGGAAAUCCAGAUCACGCUCGGUUUCCAAAAAUACCUUGCAUUCAAAAGAAAAUGUCCAAGAGUUUGUCGACAAUUCAACAACCUCAAAGGCUAAUAAUCCACCAUCUCGUCGUGCCACUUCAAGACCACCUAGACCGGCCAAGACCCCAAGAAGCAAAAGCAACUCAGAAACCAGUCUCAAGGAUAAAGGUAAUAGCGCUAGCAAUCAUGCUGCCACCAUCGCCACCACCACCACCACUACCACCACCACCAAAAAAGACUCGGGUAAUCAAAACAAGUCGUCAUCAUCCCUUCACAAAUCCUCGGCAGCAAGUAACAAUAAUAACAAUAUCAAAGACAAGUAUUGCGGUCGUCUCAAAAUCUAUGAAGACGGCACUCAUGAGCAUUUGCUAAGAAAUGCCAAGCGUCAAGAAAAGCUUAGUACGAUGAUUAAGAAUUUCUUGGGUGCGAAAAAGUUACGUGACGAAUCGGUUUCCGCAGUCUCCAACAUUCUACCAAAUAUAAUGCCUGAUGGGAACGUACCACCUUCAUUAAUGUCCAAUUUAAUGAACAUUGUCAAACAAAAUGAGAAUGGCAAAAUCGAAUUGGUGUUGGAAAAUGAAUUGAAAAUCGCUGGGUCAAAUGGUGGCACCCCAUUUCCUCAAACCAUCGAAAUCCAAGAAACUUUGAUUGAUCCAAGAUCUUUUGCGGAAAAAUACGGAUCGUGCCAAGAAGUUAUUGGCCGUGGUACGUUUGGGGUGGUGAAGAUUUCUCACAAAAAAGUCUCUGAAAACAAGGAGAAUUUAUACGCGGUGAAAGAAUUCCGUUGUCGGGCUCAUGAAUCAGAAAAAGAGUACAGCCAAAGAUUGGCAAGGGAAUUUUGUAUUUCUUCAUCACUUAAAAACAUUCAUAUCAUUCAAACUUUGGAUCUUUUGCAAGAUGCCAAAGGUGAUUAUUGUGAGGUCAUGGAAUUUUGCACUGGCGGGGAUUUAUACUCUUUGAUUGUCACGUCUGGUAAAUUGGAAUAUAUUGAAGCCGAUUGUUUCUUUAAGCAAUUGGUUAGAGGGGUAUCUUACAUGCAUACCAUGGGGGUUGCCCACCGUGACAUUAAGCCAGAAAACAUUUUAUUGACCGCCGAUGGUAAUCUUAAGAUUACUGAUUUUGGUACCAGUGAAUGUUUUAGUUUUGCCUGGGAGUCCACGAUCCAUCUUUUCGAAGGUAUCAUUGGUUCGGCUCCGUAUAUUGCCCCAGAGCUUUAUUCAAACAAGAAGUAUGAUCUUAGACCAGCGGAUGUUUGGGCGUGUGGGGUUGUAUAUAUGGCCAUGAGAACUGGUCGUCAGCUUUGGAGAUCGGCAAAUUUCGCAGAAGAUGAAUUUUACCAGGAAUAUUUGAAAGGUAGAAAAGAUGCUAAUGGUUAUUUCCCGAUUGAAAGCUUGAAAAGAGCAAGGUGUCGUAAUGUAAUUUAUUCUAUUUUGGAUCCAGUUCCAGGAAGAAGAAUUACUGCCAAACAGAUUUUGAACAGUGAAUGGGGUAGAGAAGUGAAAUGUUGCGAAGCCGGAGAAUACGGAACAAAAACAGACAACGUGAUGAUUGAUGACAAGCAAACCAAGCCACAACCUCAAACGAAAUCUCAGUCACAGGCUAAAAAGCAACAAUCUGCGUCUCCAUCUUUAUUAUCGAUACAUUCCCCUGCCAUUGCAAAUAAAUGA